AUGCAAUCGCUUCGACCACGCACACGCUAUGUUGAAAGCAUCCUGCAUGAUGUCGGCGCAUCCCUUCGUCAGUUUCAGGGCUCUAACGGUUUGCGGUGCUUAUUUGAUCAAGGUAAGCUUUCUCUUUUGUCUGCAAUGGGUGAGUUCAAACAAAGCAGCGAUGCUAUCUUUGACACCCGCAUGAAGGUGGUUUCACAAACCCGUGUUUCUAUACUGAAAUUAUCCGAUUAUUAUGCAGCUGUUGGGAAAACUGUUGAGACCUUGUUUCUUCAGAUAGAUGACUUGCUUUCAGAGCUGUAUCAUUUUAAAGAAAUUUGUGAAAAUCAUUUAGAAAUGACAAAUGAAUGUGCUUCUGAGGACGCCGGGUUUGGUUCCAUUAACUCGAUGAAAAUCAAGUUAGGUGCUUUGAGCCGAGAAUUAGUGAGUGAUAUUAGGACUAAUUGCUGCGGGAUACAGGCUUCUUCACUUGAGCAAAUUGAUAAGAUUUAUAUGUCUGCAAAAUGUGAUGUUGGAAGGGCCCAAACUGCGUUUGAUGUUAAGCGAAGAAAUGCACAAGUUUAUGAGGAGGAAUUGUUCGUAACUCGUUCAAAGGGCUCUCAAAAUCAGGUGAAACAGAUGGAGUUUAAACUUCAUUCUUUGCUAGAACGCUUGCAUGAAAGCGGUAAUCAAUAUCAUGAUGCACUACGAGAUAACAUGAAGAAAACAUCCUUCCUUUUGGAGCAAACCUCAAUGACGACGUGGUCAGCAGCGAACGUAUUUUUUUUGCAACUGGGCACAUUUUUCAAGGAUGCAAUGAGUGGAUUUGAAGUCCUAGUUGGAGCUUUCUCUUCAGUGAAGAACAAUCUAGAUGUUUCUAGACGAAUAAAUUUGGAGAAGCAAGCUGCUGCUGCUUCUGCCGUCGCAGCUACUUCCUUCUUUUACGCUACUGCUACACCACGACAAAACGAGGAAGAAGCUGGCCCAACCAUGCCACUCACUCAUGAACUAGUUGAUCUAUUUUCUCCUCAAAGGGAUGAUGGUUUUGCAUCACACCUUAAUCUGACGGAAUACUCUGAAAAUCAAGGCACAAGAGAGUUUUUUGAUGUAGAUGACCUCUUAAAAUAA